AUGAUAUCUGUUACACCAUUUCCAGCAGCCAACUAGAUUCAAAUAAUACACACACAACUGUGUACCUUUAUAGCUGAUGUGGGCAUAAUGAUUACCGGGUUAUUGUAGCUGAUAAUUGAUCCAUUCUGGUGUUCUGAACAUGAGGAUUUGGAGGUUAUACGUUACUGUUUCCGGUGUUGUCAUCACGGCUACUACGACUAUGAUUUUCGCCAUCAGUUUCCUUCUGAUGACGACACCAAUUCACAGACCCCAAAAAAUUGUACAUCGUUACACUGGUCCCGACAUAGCUUUGGAAACAACUACUACAGAUAUUGGUAUAUUAACGACGACGGCUAAGCGUGAGAUAAAUGUUGUUACACAAACCAAAAGUAAACGUUACAUCAUGCCGAUUGGAUUGACCGGUGGUGGACCAAAUUAUGAAUACAAGCACGUGAAAAUCGCAGCCCGUUUCGCAAUCUACCUCAACAGAACACUUGUACUGACACCGUUUUUGAAACACCGAAGCGACGACUUAGUCGACUUCAACCAGACAUUCGACGAGGGGAAGCUAAGUCAAAUUGUUCCCCUGGCAACCGUCGAAGAGUUUAAACGCGAAUGUGGCAGCACAAUCGAGACAAUUGUGCAUGGUACACAUACCAACGAUAAUCAGUUCUAUCAUUUUCAGCGUGCCUAUCUCACAGAUAAAAUUGCUUUUAAACGUCUACUUGACAUUGAUAUGCCAGGUGAAGACCAUAUUGUACAAAGCGAAGAAGAAACAUGGGAAAGAUUAAUAUCAUCUAGUCGAACAAAAUGUAUAGGAAUCCAGUAUUCGUACAACUUUGCAAGAGAUCAUGGCCUGAGCAUUCCAAAUAAAGAAAGCAUGUCCAAAUUAGUAAACAAAAAUCUUAAACGAACACCCAUUAUCACUAAAGUGACCGACUUUGUUCGUGAUCGAAUCUGUAAUGGACAACCAUACCUAGCACUGCACUGGAGAAACAAGACGGGAGAACAAUGCUCUGGCGACAAGAUAAAAUGGGACCGUGAAAAAUGUUCACAACUGUUAUCUUCACUGUCAAACGGGAUGGAUAAAUUCGCCAAGGGGUUGGCCGAUAUCAUGAACACUCAUGGUGUAUCGUGCAUCUACGUUGCCUACUUGCCGUAUUCACAAAUGUCCUAUAUAUCAUCAUCCUCUGACAUCACUAAGAUUAAAUCACAGGAAGUAACGUCGCUUGUUGAAGACGAUUACAUGUUUUCAUUACUAGAACAAGAAAUAUGUUAUCGUGCAAGAGUAUUUGUCGGCUCAGCGUGGUCGAAUUGGGCUAAUUUUGUGGGAUUAGAAUUCGAAGCAGAGGAUAAACCAGUUUAUUAUUUACAUGGAGUACGUGGAUCAACAACGGAACCGAUGGCGAAUAUAUCAUUUGUACAGGAUGAUCCAGAUGUACCUCGUCCCUGA